GGACGCACCUAGGUACUCAGUCUGUUAAUAAUAUUUUUACAUUGUUAGGUAUUAAAAAAAUGUUUAAUGUAUUAUCCAUUUAGCUAGAGCAACCACAAUUCAGAAUUAUCUGUAUUAGGUACGCGUUAAGUGCGGGAGUCUGGAACAUUAAAAUACAAUUAUGAGACCAGUCAAUCAUUUCAGCAAAUCUACUUCAUUCCAAAUAAUACGUUUUUUGACAACGGAAACGACGGCUGUAAAAGAAUUUAGCGAAAUCCCAGGACCUAUAUCUCUGCCUUUGAUCGGUACCCUUUACCAAUACUUACCUGUAUUCGGUAAGUACAAAUUUGACCGGUUACAUCACAAUGGGUUGGCAAAAUUCGGUCAGUACGGGCCGGUUGUCCGAGAAGAUAUUGUGCCCGGCGUGUCCAUAGUAUGGAUAUUCAAACCAGAAGACAUAGAGACGCUUUACCGAAAAGAAGGCAGGUACCCGGAAAGACGCAGUCAUUUGGCAUUACAAAAAUACAGAUUAUGUAAACCUGAUGUGUACAACACUGGAGGACUUUUGCCCACAAAUGGCUCAGAUUGGUGGAGACUUAGAAAGGCAUUCCAAAAACAUUUGAGUAAAGUUCAAUGCAUCAAACGGUAUGUGGAUAGUACCAACACAGUAGUUGGAGAAUUUAUAGAUCGGAGGAUAAAAUGCGUAGAUCGGAGAAACGAUUUCGGCCCCGAACUAUCCAGGCUCUUUCUAGAAUUGACGUACUAUGUCGCCUUCGACGAACGACUACAGCAAUUCAAAGACGAAGAAUGGAACUCAGAUUCGGAAUCUUCGAAACUGAUCAAAGCGGCUCAUGACAUAAACAGUGCGAUAUUGAAGACUGAUAAUGGACCACAACUAUGGAGAAAGUUUGAUACCCCCAUGUAUAAAAGUAUACAAAAAGGACACGAACACAUUGAAAAAAUAGCAUUUAAAGUUAUAAAUGAAAAAUUAAACAGUAUAAAAACGACAGACUCCAAAACAUCAUUGUUGGGAGAAUACUUGAGCUCAAACGACACGGACUUCAAAGACGUAAUUGGAAUGACUGUUGACACUUUGUUAGCUGGAAUCGAUACGGCGACGUAUUCCUGUUGUUUCGGACUUUAUCAUUUGUCGUCAAACCCGAAAGUUCAGGAAAAAAUGUUCGGUGAAGCACGGGCACUGCUACCGGACAACCAUACACCGGUCACCGAUGGGGUGUUGGAGCGGGCCGUGUACGCUAAAGCGGUUGUCAAGGAGAUGUUCCGGAUGAAUCCAAUAUCAGUAGGCGUCGGCCGGAUACUGCCCGAAGAAUGCGUGUUUUCGGGGUAUAGAGUCCCGGCAGGAACGGUUGUCGUCACGCAAAACCAGGUGAGCUGCCGUCUGGAAGAAUACUUCCGGCGUCCCAAUGAAUUUUUGCCAGAGAGGUGGCUAAAGGGCAGUGCCAAAUAUGAGCCGGUCAGUCCAUAUUUGGUUUUACCUUUCGGCCACGGACCUAGGACGUGCAUAGCGAGACGUUUGUCUGAACAAUUCCUGCAGGUCGUGCUCAUAAAAAUCGUCAGAAACUUUGAAAUGACUUGGGCGGGAUCAAAGUUGGAUAGUAAAUCGUUAUUGAUAAACAAACCAGACGGGCCGAUUUCUAUAAUAUUCAAGACCAGAGACCAAGCAACAUAAUUUUUAUUUUAGUUACUUCACUAUAAUAUAAAUC